AGCUAGAGCCCCGCACCUGCCCCGACCUCCCCCCCGAGCCCAGCUCGCCUGCCCCCAGCGGCCCGGGAGGAACUGAACCAUCGUUGCACAGGAAGUAGCGGCAGCCGGGAGAGGAGCAGCGGAGACGGCAGCAUCUGCCGCACUCAUUGAAAGGGACCCAGCCGGCCGCCCCGAUCCUAUCCCCGCCCCGCCUCCCGGGGAGCAGCAGCGGUGCCAGCACCCAGGGCAGGCGCUGAGCAGAGCAGUCGCUGCUGGAGGAGGAGGUGGCGGUGGCCAAGGGGCCGGAGCUGAGCCGGGCAGCAGCAGCUCCAGCUAAUCCGGAGGCGGCAGCAGAGCUAACACUUCAGGGUCCAGAAUCACAAAUAUUUGACAACAGGUGAAUUGCUGUUCUGAAUCUGAGUUCUUAAUAGUAAAGUGGACAGUUAUUCUGAGCGAAGGACCCUGCAAGGCCUACUAAGUGGUUAUCAUGGGCUUAAUUGCAUUUUUGAAGACCCAGUUUAUAGUUCAUCUCCUCAUUGGGUUUGUCUUCGUUGUGAGUGGGUUGAUCAUUAACUUCGUCCAACUAUGCACACUAAUCCUCUGGCCUAUAAACAAGCAGUUUUAUCGCCGAAUAAACUGUCGCCUUGCCUAUUCGCUCUGGAGCCAGUUAGUAAUGUUGCUGGAAUGGUGGUCAGGCACAGAAUGCACUUUAUUCUCAGACCAGGCCACAGUGGAUAAAUUUGGAAAAGAACAUGUGAUCAUCAUCUUGAAUCACAACUUUGAAAUUGACUUCUUGUGUGGUUGGACUAUGACUGAACGCUUUGGAGUGUUGGGGAGUUCCAAAGUUCUUGCUAAGAAAGAACUGUUGUAUGUGCCCUUGAUUGGUUGGACGUGGUACUUCCUUGAGAUCGUUUUCUGCAAAAGGAAAUGGGAAGAAGACAGAGAUACAGUUAUUGAGGGAUUAAGACGUUUGUCCGAUUAUCCUGAAUAUAUGUGGUUUCUCCUGUAUUGUGAAGGAACUCGUUUUACAGAAACCAAGCAUCGUAUCAGCAUGGAGGUGGCUAAAUCCAAAGGGUUGCCUACAUUGAAAUAUCAUCUGUUGCCCAGAACCAAAGGUUUCACCACUGCUGUCCAGUGUCUCAGGGGAACAGUUUCAGCAGUGUACGAUGUAACGCUAAACUUUAGAGGAAACAAGAACCCAUCUUUAUUAGGAAUCCUUUAUGGAAAGAAAUACGAAGCAGAUAUGUGUGUAAGGAGAUUUCCUCUUGAAGAUAUCCCUGUAGAUGAAAAGGAAGCUGCAAACUGGCUUCAUAAACUGUACCAGGAGAAGGAUGCUUUACAAGAGAUGUAUAAUCAGGAAGGCAUAUUUCCCGGCCGUCAGUUUAAACCUCCUAGAAGACCAUGGACUCUGCUAAACUUCCUCUUCUGGGCUACUGUCCUGCUCUCUCCUCUCUUCACCUUUGGUUUUGGAAUUUUUGCAAGUGGAUCACCCCUUCUUAUCCUUGCAUUCCUGGGGUUUGUUGGAGCAGCUUCCUUUGGAGUUCGUAGACUGAUAGGAGUAACCGAAAUAGAAAAAGGCUCCAGCUAUGGCAACCAAGAAUUCAAGAAAAAGGAAUAACUCACAGCUGCAGCAGAGCACAUAAAACCAGACUAUGGUAUCAAAUUAACUUAAUUUAAAAACACUUAGAAACUAUCUUUUUCUUAUUAACUGAUGACUAAUAUUAAUGAAUAAUACUUGAGCCAAGAAUAAAGACAUUGGAAGAAUCAAGAGGAGAGAAAACAUCAACUUUCUGUCUAAGGACCAUUUUAUUCAAACUUAGAGUGAAAAUCUGGGCUAAAAAAUGGUAACUUUUUGCUUUGUUUGCUGAGUGGUCGAGAAAUAUUGGACACAGCUACCUACUUCUUCAGGUGACCAGUCACACUGGUUUAUCCUUCAAGAAUCUGAAACUCGCUUUGCAAUAGGAGCCAUUGAAUGUUUCCUCUUGCUAAAACCAAUUUAAUAUUUGUUUUUCCCAGCAUCAGUGCUGUGUGUGCUCCAGGAAACAAUCCAUUUUAAAUUCACUGACAGCAGUUCCUUGGGUGAAAGCCAUUUGGAAAGGCCAUUUUAUCAUGACUACUGACGAAAUCCCAUUUAUGUACAUUUUAUUGAAGGCACUUUUUAUUUUCAGGCAACAUCCUAUAACUUUUGUACCACAAGAGAAUGGAUAAUGGAAUUUUGAUGGGAGUGGUACCUUAUUGAUAAGCACAUACUGUACAUCAGAUUCACUAGUUUUAAUACAGUUUAAAGGCUUCCCCCCUACCUGUUGGUCAAUGCUCAGUUAAAGCUCAACACACCACUUUGCUGAUUUGAGCACUGCCCUGUUUUAUACUUUACAUGCCUUGGAUCUGUUUUGCUUUGCUUUGCUUUUUUUAAGUGAAUAGUAAGCCCUGAGAUUUGGUCCAGUGUAAAGAAGGCUAUUUACUCAGUUAUACUGACAUUCUUCUUUAUUUCUGUUCCUGUUUCUCAUCACCAAAGUCCCAUUCCACUGGUUGUCGCUUGCAGCAGCCUACUGAGAAAAUCAGCAUAAACCAGCACAGCCGUCCUGGAAAGGAUUUUUCUUUACCUGCAGCAACACUAAAAAGAAAGGGUGCAAUUAGUGUCUCUAAUGCUGUGAUACUCAGUGGUUCAGGAGUCAAAUUAGCAAUCAACAUUACCCAAAAGAGCCACAGUAGUGCAAAUUCAUUGCUU